AUGGUUUUGAUGGGUUUAAAAGGAUUGAGGCAUGUGAGAGUUGAGAAGGGUGCAAUGCCUGGUAUCACUCAAGUAACUAUGGGUGAACUUCCAUUGCUUGAAGAAUUACCUUUUGGUGUUGAAAACUUGAGGCAGCUUCAAGAGAUGGAAUUGUGGUCUAUGAAUUCUAACCUCACAAACAAUUUGCGAAAUGCUGCUGACACUGAAGAAGGAGGUGAAGAAAACAGAAAAAUCGCACGCGUUCCUCAAGUCACCAUUGGCUACCUCCAAGACGGAGUAUGGGAAUGUCACAAGCUAUCCCGUGAGACGAGUUGUCAAGUGAAGAAGGAAUCUCUACCCAAAAUCCAAAUGUAA